CUGUGUUCUUGUACUCGGGUGUCCCCAGGUGUACACUGAAGUCUUUCUCUCUGCGUGCUGCCCCGCGGGGGCCUUGCUGCCUGACGGCGGGUGAGAUGCCCGUGGCUGAGAUGUCCGCGGCUGAGUGGAGCUGAGCCUGCCAUUGCGGAGGGCGGGGAGGGGGGCGUGAGGCUGCUCGGCGACCCCCGGGGAGUGGUGGCCCAUCUGACCCGUCUUGGCCUCGCUCUGCUCCUUUCAGCUCUUGGCUUCUGCCACUUGGUGUCUCUACCCUUCUUGAUCUUCAUGGGUUUCCAAUUUCCUCUGUCAGUUUCUCCGACCAGGUCCCCAGGGUGUUCGGCUCCGCGUCCCCUUUCCCGCCGCUGUUACUUGUCUAGCAGCCGGAGAUCAGAGAAUGGGGCUGACGUUGCGGGGAGUAGGAGCGUGGCCCCCGGAGAAGGGGGACUGGGCGUGGGGGGUAUUCCCGGACCCAACAUAGAGAUGCUGCGGGCAUGGGGCCAUAACUAAGCCAGCAAUCAGGCCCCUCCACCGACCCUCGAGAUGCCUCCCCACCCUCAGUCCCGCCCCCCACCGGGACAAGGGGCGGAUUCUCGUCUGCAAGGCUAGAGGCCACCCAGCAGCGCCCACCUCACCGCCCAGGGGCAACUCCGCUUUCCCAGGCGCCCCGCCACCCCACCGCCUGCCCCCGGUGGCAACCGAGUCCGCUCCAGAUCCGCGCCAUGUUUCCUCUGCAUCUCUGGGGUUUCCUCCCCUCGGCCGAGCCCGAGCAGAGCAGCGGCCGCGCGUACCGCCCGAAUCCCGAAGCUCUGGGCGCCCGAGCCCGCGUGCAGGACUGAGCAGACCCGGCCUUCGCAUCGGAACUCCGAGUAGGGACCGGACGGCGGCGGCCCGGUCCCCGCGUGUCAUCGGAAUUUGACCCUCGGAGCUCCGAGGUGACCCCGCUCUAGGUACCGUUCGCUGUCUGCGCGGCCGGCCCCGAUCGGCUUCUCAGCACCCGGUCCCUGGCCCUGGCUUGAGAGAGGCGGUAACGGCGCGGGCGCUGUCCAGCGUGCUGAAGCCUGAGCGAGCGAGUCUCCCGGAGCCGCGCGGACCCAGCUGAGCCCAGCCCACUGGACGCCAGACCUCGACCAUCGCUCGUAUCCUAGCCACCGCUCGGAGCCGAGGCGGACGAGUCCCGAUCUUCCCCUGUCCCAACCCCGCCCCGACCCUCCUCUCCACCUCCCGCGUCGUGGCACCAGCUGUCUCCGGCAGCCCUUCGGUCAUGAAAUCGCUCAGGUUGCCGGCUCCUGUCCUCCUCUGCUUCCUUCUACUGACCAAGGGGUUGGGAGCAGCGCCCCCGGGGCACCCUGAGGCUCAGCCACCUCCCCCCAGCUCUGAGCAUGAAGAGCCGGUAGCUGGGGACGCAGUGCUCGGGCCGAAGGGUGUUAGCGCCCCAGAGGUCCGAGCCGCUAGAAAUUCAGAGCCGCAGGACGAGGGAGAGCUUUUCCAGGGCGUGGAUCCCCGGGCGCUGGCCGCGGUGCUGCUGCAGGCACUCGACCGCCCGGCCUCGCCCCCAGCGCCUGGCGGCUCCCAGCAGCGGCCAGAGGAAGAAGCAGCAGAAGCUCUGCUGACCGAGACCGUGCGCAGCCAGACCCACAGUCUCCCAGCGCCAGAGACCCAGGCGCCCGCGGCCCCGCCUCGCCCUCAGACUCAGGAGAAUGGUCCCGAGGCGGCCGACCCCUCCGAGGAGCUCGAGGCGCUAGCUUCCCUGCUUCAGGAACUGCGAGAUUUCAGUCCGAGCAGUGCCAAGCGCCAGCAAGAGACGGCGGCAGCAGAGACGGAAACCCGCACGCACACGCUGACCCGAGUCAACCUGGAGAGCCCCGGGCCGGAGCGCGUGUGGCGGGCUUCCUGGGGAGAGUUCCAGGCGCGCGUCCCGGAGCGCGCGGCCCUGCCGCCGCCUGCUCCCCCGCAAUUCCAGGCGCGUAUGCCCGAGAGCGGGCACCUCCCCGAAGCCCACCAGUUCGGGGAAGGAGUGUCCUCCCCCAAAACACACCUAGGUGAGGCAUUGGCACCCUUGUCCAAGGCGUACCAAGGCCUGGGCGCUCCCUUUACCAAGGCGCGCCGGCCGGAGACCUCACUCCUGGGCGGCUCUGAGGCGGGAGAGCGCCUUCUACAGCAAGGGCUGGCGCAGGUGGAAGCUGGGAGGCGGCAGGCGGAGGCCACACGGCAGGCCGCGGCCCAGGAAGAGCGGCUGGCCGACCUCGCCUCCGACCUGCUGCUCCAGUAUUUGCUGCAGGGCGGGGCUCGGCAGCGCGGCCUUGGGGGUCGGGGGCUGCAGGAGGAGGCGGAGCAGGAGAGACGCGGCGGGGAGGAGAGGGUGGGGGAAGAGGAUGAGGAGGCGGCGGAGGCGGAGGCGGAGGCGGAGGAGGCGGAGAGGGCGCGACAGAACGCUUUACUGUUCGCUGAGGAGGAAGACGGGGAAGCCGGAGCCGAAGACAAGCGCUCCCAGGAGGAGACGCCCGGCCACCGACGAAAGGAGGCCGAGGGGGCAGAGGAGGGCGGGGAGGAGGACGACGACGACGAAGAGAUGGACCCGCAGACAAUCGAUAGCCUCAUUGAGCUGUCCACCAAACUCCACCUGCCAGCGGACGACGUGGUCAGCAUCAUCGAGGAGGUGGAAGAGAAGCGGAAGCGGAAGAAGAACGCCCCUCCCGAGCCUGUGCCGCCCCCCCGGGCCGCCCCCGUCCCCACUCACGCCCGCUCCCCGCAGCCCCAGCCCCUCUCCCCCGCCCCGGCUCGGGACGAGCUGCCCGACUGGAACGAGGUGCUCCCGCCCUGGGAUCGGGAGGAGGACGAGGUGUUUCCCCCGGGGCCCUACCACCCUUUUCCCAACUACAUCCGGCCGCGAACACUGCAGCCACCCGCUGCCUCGCGCCGCCGCCACUACCACCACGCCCUGCCGCCUUCGAGCCACUAUCCCGACAGGGAGGCCCAGGCGCGGCGCGCUCAGGAGCAGGCGGAGGCAGAGGAGCGCCGGCUGCAGGAGCAGGAGGAGCUGGAGAAUUACAUCGAGCACGUGCUGCUCAGGCGCCCGUGACCGGCCCCGGCCCCGCCCCCGCGCGCCGCCGCGCGCGCCGCCACCCCCCCUCCGUGUCGCUCCUUUCCCCUCUCAGUGUUUUGCAUGCGCCCGGCCCCGCCCUCGGCCGCCGCCCAGCCCCGCCCCCGCCCACCCCUCCGCCCGCGGGCCGCCCCGCCCCCGGGCUACGCCGGGACCUGUCAGACCUCUUCGUGCGUCGGAAGCCCGAAAUCCCAAACUCACUCACGGGUGUCUCGGGAACAGCACAGGGGGCCGGGUAGUUUGUGCGAGUUCCCUGCCCCCGCGGGGCCCCGUCCCCACCUAGUCCCUCUCGGGAUGUCCCGGUCUGAAACCGGAAAAAGGAUUUCCAGUUAACUGUGUGAAGAAGUGUCUGUCUCCCGCCCUUUGGGCCUCCCAAGAGCCUCUCCACCCUCUCCGGAUCGCUGUGAAUUUACCCCUUCUUUCCCUACUCUGUUGUAAAUACCCCUCACGGAGGAAAUAGUUUUGCUAAGAAAUAAAAGUGACUAUUUUA